UGAUUUUUUUGUGUUUUUUGUUCGAUUGAAAUUUAAAUUGUAAAUUUUUUGUUGCAAAGUUAUUGUUCUUCAAUGCGUGUAUGUGAAAUUAUUAUUUUUUUACGUAUUGUUAUGGUUUUUUUAGUUUGAACUUUUUUGUGUUGUGGAAAGUUAUCCUUGAACUUUGCUUUUGCUGUAGUUUUUUUUUUUUUAUAAGCAUAUUGAAAACAUUAGCUGCACCAGGUGUGAAACUAAUUACAAGAAGAAUAUUUGCAAACAGCGGUGAUCAUCAGCUGCUGUGUUUGCUAUACUAAUAGCAACAACACACAAACGAAACAAAAGCCUAUUAUCAACAUUUUAUUUUUACAUUUUUAAAUACUUAAAAAACAUAUUUAAAUUAUAAUUAUGGUACUGGUCCUAAAUGGCGUACUACAGGAGGAGAGUCCUGUAGACUCACGCACAUUAUUUCAUAAUCAUCCAAUAUAUCGAGAAGCAGCGGCACGACAUUUAUUAGCACAUCCUAGAAAAUUAGUUGGUCCACAAGGUUUAUUGUAUGUACAGCAACGUGAAAUGGCGGCUACCACACCACACGAUAAAUAUGUUAGUAUAUUGGGUUCAGACGAUGCAACCACCUGCAUAAUUACAGUUGUUAGGCAUUCAGGGAGUGGAGCUGUAGCUUUAGCACAUUUCGAUGGUGUGGGUGUUGAUGAAGCUGUUACAACUAUGGUAGCACGUGUACAAGAGCUAGCAAUGGGCUAUGCAGAAGGGCGUAUUGAAUUACAAUUAGUUGGAGGAUACAGUGAUCCAAAUCAUUAUUCUGAAGAAUUAUUUUAUAAUAUAAUGAGUGCAUUUCAUAAACAACCUGUAGAAAUUGAUUUAACAUUAGCUUGUGUUGGUGAAUUGAAUACAUCAAUUCGUGGUGGUAUACACUGGCCAUUAGUUUAUGGAAUUGCUGUAAAUGUAAAGACUGGGGAAAUAUUUCCAGCUAAUUUUCAAGAUAAAGGACCUGAUCAUGAAUUACGUUUAGCACGACAUAUUACCAAUGGUGGAAAUCAGGUUUUGGAUGUUUACGACUCAAACGUAGGAAUGUUACGAAUUGGUCCAUUUAAUUAUGAUCCUCUUCGUGGAGUUGACUUAUGGUUAGCUCAAAGUGAUGAGGUUAUUUUGCAGCAUUUGAGUACAUCACCAGAUGUUGAACCUCCACAUUACGUUAUGGAAAUGCGAGCAGCAUUAAAGUAUAUACAAGAUAAUCCAUUUCCAGCUGUGACUGUAUUUAGAGAUAAUCGUCCGCGUUACUUCCGUCGAGAUGAACAUACUGGUUUGUGGGUACUUUAUAGAUUCUAAUUUGUUAUAAAAUAAUAGAAAUAUUAAAAAUUGAAAAACAAAACUAUGCUAUAAAUUUAUUAUUUAAAAUAGAUUUAUUAUAAAAAAACAAAAUACUUAUAUUAAUUUUAUGAAUAGUCUGAGUCAUUUCAGUCAAACAUCACCAAAAUUGUAAGAAUUUUUAUAGGAAUUACAAUAAAUAUUUCCAUUUAUCAUGAUUGUGCUCUUUGACAAAGGAUUAAAUGAUUAUUUUGUUUUCUAAAAACUCAGUUCCUA